AUGGUGGGCUGGGUGUAUAAAACCUCCCUCAGACCUCAACGCAAGAGUUUGGAGGCCACUUUGCUCUGCCGCCUGUCACGGAUGCACAUGCAGCAAGUCCUGUCAGCCUCAGCAUCCACGCUCCACAACCGGGACGCCACGGGAACACAAAGACAGGUCUUGGUCAUGAAGUCUUUCUUCCCUCUGCUCUUCUCCUUGUUGCUGGUGUCCCACGGAUCUUCAGCCAUCAUCACUGGGGCCUGUGAGAGGGACACCCAGUGUGGAGGAGGGAUGUGCUGUGCGGUGAGUUUGUGGAUCCGCAGCCUGCGGAUGUGCGCACCGAUGGGACGGGAAGGAGACGACUGUCAUCCUCUAAGCCACAAGGUCCCUUUCUUUGGGAAAAGACUUCACCACACCUGCCCCUGCCUGCCCAACCUGUCAUGUAUUUCUGUGAUGGAGGGAAAAUCCAAAUGCCUAUCUUCUUACAAGUAUCCAGACUUUUUCCUCUGA